UGAACUCUCGAUUUAAUUGAGUUAUUUGUACUGUUUUACGAUUUAUGAGAAAGGCAGAAGGGAUAAAGUUGAGGGACUUAACUUUAGUUUUUGGCAAAAAGAAAGAAGAGAACCGAAGUUCAAUUUGUUUGUUCUUUUCAACAAUUGAAUUGCUUAUUUAGGGUUUGUUGCUCCGAAGGAAUUACGAAUUCAGUAUCAAGAGGAGCGAUGGUGAGUUUGUUUUUUCAUCUCAUACUUUAUAUUUCGUAAAUUUGAAUGUAUGGUUGUUGGGCAAUUUGAGUUUAUAAAUAAAAUGGAAAGCCAAGCUGUUGAGUUUGACAUAGGAUUAGGAGGUGGUGGAGAUGAUGAUGGGGCUGUUGACAUUGAUCAUCAUCAUCAUCAUCCUAUGGUUGACGACGACGACGACAUGCUUGAUACUGAUGUUAGUGCUGCUGACAUUUACCUUCCUGAAGGUGACCUGUUGGACCUUGAACCUUAUGAGGGUUUGGAAUUUGAGUCUGAAGAGGCUGCUAAAGCCUUCUACAAUUCCUAUGCCAGGCGUGUCGGUUUUAGCACCCGCGUCAGCUCUUCUCGUCGCUCUAGGCGCAAUGGAGCUAUUAUUCAGAGACAGUUUGUUUGUGCCAAAGAGGGUUUUAGGAAUUUGAAUGAGAAACGCACUAAAGAUAGAGAGAUCAAGCGCCCCCGUAUGAUUACUCGAGUUGGUUGCAAAGCUUCCUUAUCUGUCAAAAUGCAGGAUUCUGGCAAAUGGCUAGUCUCCGCAUUUGUUAGACAACACAAUCAUGAGCUUGUCCCUCCUGAUCAGGUCCACUGCCUCCGAUCUCAUAGGCAAAUAUCAGGUCCUGCCAAGACCUUGAUUGACACUCUGCAGGCUGCUGGUAUGGGCCCUCGUAGGAUUAUGUCCGCCUUGAUUAAGGAGUAUGGUGGAAUUAGCAAAGUUGGUUUUACGGAGGUUGAUUGUCGGAAUUACAUGAGAAACAAUCGCCAAAGGAGCUUAGAAGGAGACAUCCAGCUGCUUUUGGAUUAUUUGAGGCAGAUGCAUAAUGAGAACCCCAAUUUCUUCUAUGCUGUACAGGGUGAUGAGGAGCAGUAUACUGGCAAUGUUUUCUGGGCCGAUCCAAAAGCCAGGACCUACUAUACUUACUUCGGUGACACUGUUACAUUUGACACAACUUAUAGGUCCAACAGGUACCGGUUGCCCUUUGCGCCCUUCACAGGUGUAAAUCAUCAUGGACAACCUGUUUUGUUUGGUUGUGCUUUCCUUAUAAAUGAAACUGAGGCCUCGUUUGUCUGGCUUUUCAAUACAUGGCUUACUGCAAUGUCCGGCCGGCAUCCCGUGUCAAUCACUACUGAUCAUGAUGCUGUGAUAAGGUCUGCCAUCAUGCAGGUUUUCCCAGAUACCCGGCACCGCUUUUGCAAAUGGCAUAUCUUUAAAAAAUGCCAGGAAAAAUUGUCCCAUGUGUUUUUGAAACACCCAAGUUUUGAGGCUGACUUCCAUAAAUGUGUGAACUUGACGGAGACAUGUGAGGAAUUUGAAUCUUGCUGGCUGUCACUUGUUGAUAGAUUUGAGCUCCGGGAUCAUGAGUGGCUUCAAAUGAUAUACUCAGAUCGUAGGCAGUGGGUGCCUGUGUUCUUGCCGGAUGCUUUUUUUGCUGAGAUGUCCAUAACCCAGCGAAGUGAUAGCAUGAACUCAUACUUCGACGGUUAUAUCAAUGCUUCAACCAAUCUAAAUCAGUUCUUUAAGCUGUACGAGAAAGCCCUAGAAAGUAGGAAUGAGAAAGAAGUAAAAGCAGAUUAUGAUACAAUGAACACUGCACCAGUAUUGAAGACCCCAUCUCCAAUGGAGAAACAAGCAUCUGAGCUUUAUACAAGAAAGAUAUUUAUGAGAUUUCAGGAGGAGCUAGUGGGAACUCUGACAUUCAUGGCAACUAAAGCAGAAGAUGAUGGGGAAACUAUUACAUAUCAAGUAUCCAAGUUUGGGGAAGAUCAUAGAGCUUACUAUGUUAAAUUCAAUGUGUUAGAGAUGAAAGCAACAUGUAGUUGUCAGAUGUUUGAGUUCUCAGGCCUUCUCUGCAGACAUGUGCUGGCAGUUUUUAGAGUGACCAAUGUGCUUACUCUCCCAUCUCAUUAUAUUUUGAAACGAUGGACAAGGAAUGCCAAGAGUAGUGUUAUACUUGAGGAACGCGCUACAGAUUUAUAUUCCAGUUAUCUGGAAUCUCACACUGUCAGAUAUAAUACCCUACGCCAUGAAGCCUUGAAAUUUGUAGAUGAAGGUUCUAAAUCCUUAGAUAUUUACAAUGUGGCAGUAAAUGCCUUGCAAGAAGCUGCAAAAAGAGUUUCACUGGCAACAAAGAACAAUGGGGGAAUUUCCAUGGCUAAUGGUCGUAGUAAGGGGGACUUGUCAAGUAAUGGAAGCAGGGCGAACGUUUCCUGCGGGAGUGGAAAUCAUCUAGGGAGCUCCGCCCAACAACUGACUGAGGAUGAUAUGGACAAGAAGAUCGAACAACUCAACAGUGAGCUUGAUUAUGCAAGUCGGAAAUGUGAAGUUUAUCGGGCGAAUUUGCUUUCAGUCCUAAGAGACGUUGAGGAUCAUAAGCUACAGUUGUCUAUUAAAGUACAAAACAUAAAGAUUAGUUUGAAAGAUAGUAUAUAAUGGUGAAUUAAUUGCAUAGGCUUCCUUUUUGAAAUUAAUUUUACGGCUUACCAUCCUAUUGAGCGGAUCAGUUCAACUGGCAACUGGUGGUCUGUCUGAUCCAAAAAAUGGCAAAAAUCAGAAUUUUGUUCAGGCUGGGUGUGAUUGGGAUUUGGUUGGUAUAAAAGGAAUGAAUAAAUAGGUCCAUUUGGUUC